CUCAUGUAACGCCUCUGUCUUUAGCUCAACCCCCCUCAGAGGCCGGGAAGCACAGAGGGUAUAAAAGAUCUGAGAGCGACUCCACUCAAGCUACAGACCUGCAUCACCUGCACCAAUCUCACACUGCAUUUCAGUGCUAUUGCGAUGUUGUCCCGGACGCUGGUUGUUCCGUUGGUCUUUGCAUUAGUGGGCGUCUCUAUUUCUGCGCCAAUAAACGAUGGAACAGAUAAUGAUGCUCUCACUUUCUCACUUGCAAUCUCAGAGGCGGCCGCAGCCCUAGGGAUCCUCAAUGAUCAUCCUACUCCAGUUCCUGUGAAUGGAGACUCAGGAACUACAGAUGGGAAAGAUUCAGCAGAGAAACAAGGAGGCCCCAGUGACUCGUCUGACACCACCGAAAAACCAGAGGGUGACGGUGCUCCUGAAACAUCAGACACAAGCAGUGACAAAACCUUGGAUGAAGCCACCAGCGGCCCAGAUUCAAUAGACACGACAGAUAAUGAUACCGACACAGAGAAAGACGCAGACGCUAAUACGGACACAGAUGCAUCCCAGCAGAAGUCAAGCGAUUCGGAUGAGAACAACGAGAAAUCAUCGGCGGAGGACAGCACAGACGCAGAGGACGCUGAUAAAGAUUCAAAAGAGAAAGAAUCUACAGACACGGAUGAAAAAGCAGACACCGAUUCAGACGGCUCAGACGGGGAUUCUGCCAGUGUGGAAAACAAAGACUCCGAUGAUGCAAAUAAAACCUCUACAGAAGAUACAGAUGAUUCAUCUGACAAGGAUUCUUCAGACACAGAAGAGCAGCAGGACUCUGACGAUUCUGACAAAGACAAAACCGAUGGAGACACAGAUGAAAAGAGUGACGAGAAAGAUGAAAAAGACACCAGCGAUGACUCCAGUAAGGACUCCGAAGAUGAGGGUAAAGAAACCUCUGAGACGUCAGACGCAAGCGACUCAGACACCGAUGAGUCGAAAGAUUCGGAUGACUCCAAAGACCAGGAUUCAGAAUCGAAAGACACCGACAGCACGGAGAAGAAAGAGAAAGACCAGGACUCCGACAGCGACGCAGACACCAGCAGCGACCAAGACACGGCAGAUUCCUCUGACGCAGCAGACACCAAAGACAGCGUCGAGGAUAAAGACAAGGACAGCAGCGACUCAAAAGACACCGAAGAUGAUGGAGACGGCGAGAAAGACGCCAAAGAGAAGGAGGAGACCAAUGAGACGGGCAGCGACAGCGACGAGGGAAACGAUAAAGAGGACGAAUCCAAAUCAGACGAACAGGAGAAAGAAGACGCCGCAGCCAGUCAGUCUGACGAAAGCCCACUGGAGGAAAUGACAGAAGAGAAACAGGAAGGCAAACCUGAUUCUGACAGCUCCAGUCUGGACUCGGAUUCAGACCCGGACUCUGACAGCAAAGAUAAAGAGCAGGACAAAGACAAAAACAGCACAGAGUCCACAGACACAGAAAGCUCCGACAGCGGCAGCAAGAGCGACACGGACAGCUCAGAAACGACAGGAGAAGAUACUGCUGAAGACAAUGACUCCAGCGUGGAGAAGGAGAAACAAGAGUCUCCCGAGGGGGCAUCAGUAGAGACAAACGACUCGGAUUCUGACUCCAGCGAUGACCAUGACAAUGACUCAACAGACGCUGCGGCAUCAAGUGAAAACACAGAUGAAAACACAGAUGCAGACAGCCACGAUGUUGCGGACGAUGAUGAUGAUAUCGACGCCCAUGAUGAUGAAGUCGGAGCUGAAGAUGGCACAGACGCCGCUCCUAAAACACACGAUGAACCAGAUCACCUUGAUGACACAACACAAGGAUCAGAUGAUGGCAGCAAAACCCCUGUGCCAAGCUCCUAGCGACCAGGGCUCUACAAAAACACUGUAACAGAUUUGUCCUGGAGAGACGUAACAAGAAUCACCUGAGACAGUCAAGAUAACCAGAGUUUCACAUCCCAUUAAAACACAUUGACACGUCCCUCUCGUCCUCUCUCUCUCUCUCUCUCUCUCUCUCUCUCUCUCUCUCUCUCUCUCUCUCUUUCAUAUGGUGAAGGUUCCUUUCUAAGGGUUCUGGGAUGCGGAUUAAAUUAUUCGUCUGUUUGCUGUACAUUCCAUUUUUUAACUUUGUCCUAAUUCUAGAACUUUUGUAUCAUUCGAUAUAUUGAUUUUUACCAAUUUUAGAUGGAAAUGCAUGACGAACAGAGAGGGUGUGGAAUCGCGUCCCUCGUGCAUUUGUCUCGUUGCGUAGGGUCUGAACAUAUUUCAUUUGGAGUGACGCGUUAAAAUAUAGAGAGUAGGACUAACAGAAGGGGUUUUGAGAAAGCCAAGCGAUUCGGGUCUGGUGAAGACGUCGAUCUGUCAAACCUGAUGGUUCGACUGCUUUGUCCACACGGUGUCCCCCGGCCUUGAUCCUGACUGAAAGACCGCGGCCGCUGCGACCAGAACCUUCCCUCCUGCUCUCAGAUAAAACGCAGGCCUGAAACGUCACAGAAUGAGAUGUUUUCUGCCCACCCAAUGAUUUGAGACUGUACAGACAAUUUCUAAUAGAAUCUCUGAUGUCUAUGUCUCUGUGGAGUAAUACUAAUAAACUAGCAAUGUAAGAGCACAGAUUGCUCUGAAAACUGUUAAAAAAAUUAUUUUGUAUAGAUUUACAAGAAGUCAUUUUAAUAUGUACACAGGGAGCAAAUCUAAUAAAGACUGGGUUGUCAGAAAAUCAAA